GCUAACGAGCAGUCCUCAGCCGUGGGGAUUAGGGCAUUUAUGUAACGGUCCAGGGAUUAGAGGGGCUGCCUAGCGAGGAUCCUCCAGCCAUGCGGCGUACGGGGUGGGCGGCAGGCUAGGGCGGAGGGGCCAUGGGAGCCGCCAGCAGCCAGCCCCAGCCGGCCGCCCCCCGCACCGCGCCGGCAUCGUUCACGGGCAGUGGUGUGGCGGCCGAGCCUGCCUGGCCCCGCAGCUGGAAGCGUGUCCUGUGCAGCGUGGGGACUGCCGUGUCAGGGCUGGAGCGGGUCCUGGUGGCCAGGCGGCACGAGGGGGCCGAGUCGCCGCGGGGGCCGAUCCCCGUGGCUGAGCAGCUGCCCCGGCUGGUGCAGAAGGUGGUGUCGGAGUGGCCGCUGCCGCAGUUUGUGGCCCUCUUCCUCCCCGAGUUCCCCGUGCGGCCCCCCAUCCGCCAGCAGCAGCUCAAGGUCCUGGGCUUUGUGGCCAAGGGCUCGUUCGGCACGGUCCUGAAGGUGCUGGACUGCAGGCGGGAGAUGGUGGUCGCGGUGAAGGUGGUGCCCAAGGUGGAGGUGCUGCGGCGGGACACCCUGAAGCAGUGCAAGGAGGAAGUCAGCAUCCAGCGGCGGGUGCAGCAUCCUUUUGUUCACUGCCUCGGGGACAGCUGGCAGGGACAGCGGCACCUCUUCAUCAUGUGCACGUACUGCAGCACCGGGGACCUGCACGCGCUCUGGGCCGCCUCGGGGCACCUGGAGGAAGCCACCGUGCGCCUGUUCGCGGCCGAGCUGAUCCUGGUGCUGGGGUACCUCCACGACCUGGGCAUCGUGCACCGCGACGUGAAGAUGGAAAACAUCCUCCUGGACGAGCGAGGGCACCUGAAGCUGACGGACUUCGGCCUUUCCCGGCACCUGCCGCGGGGGGAGCGUGCCUACACCAUCUGCGGCACGCUGCAGUACAUGGCCCCCGAAGUGCUGAGCGGAGGUCCCUACACUCACGCUGCUGACUGGUGGUCCCUGGGGGUCGUGCUCUUCGCCUUGGCUACGGGACAGUUCCCCGUGGCGCCCGAGAGAGACCACGUGGCCAUGCUGGCGAGCGUGACCCGGUGCAGCUACGCGAUGCCGCCCAGCCUGAGCCGGGCGCUGUCCCUCCUGCUCAGCGAGCUCCUGUGCCGCACCCCGCUGCAGCGCCCGCACCACCUGCACCACUUCAAGGCCCACCCCUUCUUUCGGGGUGUGACCUUCGACCCCCAGCUGCUGCAGAAGCACCCUGUGGCUGUGGCCGUGGCCGUGCCGCGGGCACCAGAGACCACGCUGGACGCCGCCGUCGCCUUCACGGACUUCGACUGUGACCUCCUGGCCCCCCGCGGCCAGCCCUGGCCAGGCUGAGGGCGCCCUGCGGGGCUGCCCCGCACCGGGCCGCGGCCACCGCCCGACACUCAGGAACCCGCCGCUGCGCCGGACCCGCCACCGGCAUCUCAGGGGAGUGGCAGGCGGCACUGCCUGCUGUAGCCCCGUCCUCCUGCCCCGGGGCCUGCGGGGCAGACCAGCAAUAAACUUUC